UGUGUACAUCGUACGGCAAUGGACGUUUGAUUAUACACCAUGUAUACCAAAAAUAUAUUUUUGAUUUUGCCAAUAUUAAUAUCGCUUACACGCGGUGAAUUAAGCCUUGAAAAAAAGGAUAAACUUUUAAAUGGAUUCAUAGAUAUUUAUGAUAAUUUACCGAAUCAAGUUUAUACCUGUGAAGAAGGAUUUUUACAAAAUGUAGAGGAUCUUGACGACAAAUACUACAGGAUCGAAGUCACCCUCCUUAUUUCGGAUACGCGCAACCUUGAUUCUAGAAAGUACAUAAAAUGUACGGCCAGAAUGCAGGAACUCCAAGACGAAAGUGUAAAGGUCGCUAAUGAUGAAUACCAUUGCCACGAUGUGGAGCAGAAACCUGUGCUUGAACAACCGUUGUUGAAUGAGGAGGAAAUCACCGUUGACCGAGACAUACCAGUUGAUGGCAUACAGGAUCGAGACCCUAAUGAUCCAAUAUUUCAAAGCUUGGCAGAAGCGUCCAUGCAAAAGUAUUUGCAAGCUAUUGGCAGUGUAGAACCCCAUAAAGUAUUUGGUGUUGUAAAAGCGUCAUUCCAUGCUGGAUCCGCAUUAAGGACUCGAGUCGAGUUCGUGUCUUCGCCUUCAGACGGAAAAUCCGGUGACGUCAUUACAGCUGUUAUUCGGAGAAUUGGGAACAACCGUGGUUGAACAAGAAGGAAAUCUCCGUUGACUGCAAAAGUUAACAACCAAAAAUACAGAGCUAAGCGAGACACACCAGUUGGUGGCAUACAAGCUCAAGACCCUAAAGAUCCAAUAGUUAGUUCAACCGCAAUGUCUUACUGUUCAAGAUA